GUUAUGAACUGUUAGCACCAUCUACAGGCGCUAAGAGGAAUCGUUUUUAUUCCGGCGUAUGUUAGAGGGGUGAAAAUGUGUACUAUGAUUAACGCUACCUUGACUUUUCUGUAGUUAUUUACAGUGUAAAAUAUUUCUUGGAGACUUGCAUUUAUUUGUUUUAUUUUGAUCAGUGUAGGUGAUAGGGUCUAAAUGUGACUUUAGUACCAUUUUUACUAUUGGAUUCGUAUUUGUUUUAAUGACAUGGCUCCUUAUCCAGAGGAAAUUGAUGUGUUUUCUGCACCUCAUUCCAGAAUGAAAGCACUAGUAGAUGUCUAUUUGGAAAAGCUCACUUCCACUGAUUUUACGAAUUAUGCUGCUUUGAAAUCAUUACUCCAUGAUUUACACCAUACUUUUUGUGAAUUUAAAUCUCAUGAACAGAUUGAAAACAAAUACAUCAUGAAGAAAUUAAAAAAACGUUUAAAGUUGUUAUCUAUUCAUGAUGCUGCUGUCUGUAAUUGCCAUUCUGAUAAUAAGCUGUCAGAUAUGUUAGCUUUGGUGGAGUAUGGUUAUUCCUGCUCAUCAAAGACAGAAGCAGAACGUAUAAAUUUCGGCUUAAGACUGCAACAUGCUCUCCAGGAAUUCACAGGCUCUUUUUUGCCUCAUAUGAAAGAGGAAGAAGAGGUUUUCCAGCCUAUGCUAAUGAAGUAUUUUGAAUAUGAAGAGCUUAAAUGCCUUAAAGAGCAAGUGAUAGAAGAACACAGUAAGUGGCAUUCCUAUGAGAAAAACAUCUUGGAAGAAGCAGAGGCUGAUUUGAAAUUGGAUCUUAAUGAAAUCAAUUCAGAGAAUCAUAUCUCAAAAUUGCCACCUGAAAUCCUGACGCACAUACUAUCAUUUUUGUCUCCCAAUGAUCUGUUACAGUGUUCUGAAGUUUGCCAUGAGUGGUAUAAUGUUGCAAAAGGUCCAUCUUUGUGGAAGGAGAUCUACCCAUGUUUCUGGGCACAUAGUGUGUGGGAAAAUUAUACUGAAAAUCAUGAGGACUGCAUUAAAAGCUUCUAUCCUGAUUCAAAAACUGUGUUUGGAUCAUGCCGGGAUGAAGAUGCAGACGUAGAUGAGUAUGAGGAGGAAGACUCUUCUCUCUCUGAUGAGGCUCUUAAUGAGGGCCCUUUGAAGAGCCAGCAGAAAGAGGCCAGAGCUUUGCAGUCCAUCGUGAAGCAUCUCUUGCCUCUGGUAGGCUCAGGCGUGCAGAAGAUUGUCAUUUCCUCUUCUAGGAGUCUUACUAGCAGCUUGCUACGAUCAAUUUUAAUUCUUUGCCCGAACGUUUUGCAUUUGGAUAUAUCUUAUACGUCAAUCCUUGAUUCAGCAUUCAAAGGAUUGAAGGAGCACUCCUCUUGUUUGAAUCUUCAGUAUUUGAACAUGGCUGGAUGUGAGAACAUAACUGACCUGGGGCUUUUCAGACUUGCCGACUGCAUGGCAGUGUUACCUCCUCAUGUGCCAGAAGGCACAGAUCACCUACGUGAUGUAUACCUUGAAGAUUGCUGCCGCUUUCAAUCACCAGACAAAGCAUGCGAUUGUUUCUUUGAAAUCGAAGAAAGUGGACGGUUGUUGCAAAAAGCGAAACCUUGCUGCCAGUGUAGAGUGAAGGACUUCUGUAACUCUGUCUGCUUUUGGCAGAAGGAUGGGAUCAUGUGUCAUCUUGCUAAACUUUCACUUCAGUGUCCAUUUGUGAACUCCUUGGAACAGCAAACUAACUGCUUUAAGUCCACUGGUGGAACUUUUUACUAUGGCUCAGAACGAAUAGAUAAUAAGUCUCUACGGUAUUUGAAUCUUUCAGGAUGCAAUAAGAUCACCGACGAAGGAUUGAGGUGUCUUUUUGAUGCUGGUGUUCUCGACAAACUGCAGUUCCUUGACAUCUCUGGUUGCUGGUUACUUAGCGGACCGGAACUGUGCUCCAUGAUAGAGUCCCUGACUCACCUGAAACCAGAAAAUAUUUUUUACUGUGAUCAGAUAUUGGACGGACCUUACCCAGAUUCGGCCAAUGGGUGUCAGAAUUUGGAAAAUGGCUUUCGUGCUUGCUGUCGCCGAGUGCUGCUGUAGCAAGGGGUUUUAUUCGCUUUGUAAAUUACUUCAUCUGGCGAAAAUUGCAAUUUUUUUAAAAACCUUCACUCUGAGGAAUACCCACAUGUUCUUUCUGCUUUCUCCAGAAUUAUCUGUUGAUCUGGAGAAUUCUUUUGACGGCAUUUGGUGCGAAAAAACAAUUUACUGUUUGCAUGGCAGCUGCCAAAUUGUGUGAAAUUGGCAGAAGAUCGAUCGUAUUUGAAGAAUGUGGUGCACAUUUCAAUACAGUUGAUUUAGCAGAAAAUUGUUUUGUAAUGUGCUGUUGUUGAAUAUCAUAAAAAUUGUGUAUUAUAUUUGGUAGCUGGCAUAUUGUGCAUUAAGUAAUGAACAUUUACAAAUGUUUUUUUGUGAAUCCAAAGAAUAUAUUGAUAGAUAGAAUUUUUUUUAUUGUUGUUUUGUUUUAGCCUGAAUAAAAUUAAUAAUUUUCAA